AUGAAGUUGAAUCUCUUUUUCUUCCUGCUUUUCGCUGUCGGCUCUGCUUUUUGGCGCCGACGAGAGUUUCGACCUUAUCCCUCGCAGUUGAGGAGUUAUAGGUCUAGAGUAAGAGAGAGAAUGAUUGACGAUUAUAAGAAUCGUCGAUAUCGCGGUCGAUACUAUUCUUCCCUAUACCGAUUUCUUUCUCAAGAAGACGAAGAAAAGUCUCUCCUCAAUAGAAUACCGCGCUUCGAAAAUUCCAAGAUCGUGGAAUCAAAAAAGAUCGAGUCGAAAAAGGUGGAAAAGAAAAAGGAAAACAAUUAA